CAGAAAAACACAAUAAUUCCUUCGACCAUCACAAGCAAAGAAUAAUGAUUCUCAUCACCUCCUCUACCCAGUCUUCACUCUUCACCAUUUGACCGUCUAUCCAGCCCAGACAUCAGACAUCCUCACAGACAUGGCCGCACAUUUCCCAAGUCUGAUUCUCCUCUUCUUCUUCUUGAUCUCACGGGUUUCAGGUGAUGGGCAUCUGGGCAAAUGCCGAACCUAUUGUGGGAACCUAACAGUAGAGUACCCAUUUGCAGUCGAGCCCGGUUGUGGCCACCCAGGCUUCAGAGAUCUCCUCUUCUGCGUCAACGACGUUCUCAUGUUCCACAUUAGUUCUGGCUCCUACAGAGUUCUCCAAAUCGACUAUGCUUACCACUCACUUACACUCGACGAUCCAAGGCUUUCCACUUGCCACUCGAUUGUCCGAGGAGGGCAAGCGAACGGCUUCGUACUAGAAUCGUGGCGAGCUCCAUACCUAAACCCAGCAGCCGACAACGCUUUCAUGCUCAUAGGGUGUUCGCCACAAUCCCCUCUGUUUCAAGGCUUCCCUGGGAAGCACUUGCCAUGUCGUAACGUGUCAGGUAUGGGGUGUGAGGAGUACUACGAUUGCCCUGCGUGGGAAAGGAGUGCUGUGCUGCGAAGAACGAGUCCACCUCAGUGUUGUGCCGUGUCGUUCGAGGCCAUCCGUGCUAUAAACCUUACUAAGCUUCAGUGUGAAGGGUAUAGUAGCGCCUACAAUUUGGCUCCCUUGCGGUUGUCGGGGCCUAGUGGUUGGUCCUAUGGGAUACGCGUGAUGUAUUCGGUGCCUGGCGGGGACAGCUUCUGUAGGGCGUGUGAGGCCACGGGCGGGGUGUGUGGCUACCAUGAGGUUUCACUUGCGGAGCUUUGCAUUUGUGGUGUAAGGAAUUCUACCUCAAACUGUGAUUCAGUGAGCUCAGCCGCGGCUGGAGUACCAUUGUUGUCAUUGAUCAACACAGUAUCAGGAUUUUUGACUUCUAUGACAAUAUGGAUGGCUACCAUCAAUAUGAAUUUAAUAAUGUGAUCAAGUGUUACUUCAAAAUCAGAAUUUGAGAUAUUUUAUUAUUUAAUAUAAUAUAUCAAUGGAUGAUCCUUGAAACUUACAUGUAAAUGCUUGCAUAAUAAAUUUUUGCAAUAUAGUCAUGUAGAUUUUUGUUUGGUCUUGAGGUUUGUACCACUAAUACUAAGCCAUUUAAUUUUGAAUUGCCAUAGCUUUUUUUUUUUU